AGCGGGGAGUCUUCAGCACGCAUGCGCAGACGCUCCAUCUGCCUUCAGCAACAUGGCAGCCCCCGUAGACCUAGAGCUAAAGAAGGCCUUUGCCGAAUUGCAAGCCAAAAUGAUCGAUACACAGCAGAAGGUGAAGCUCGCAGACCUGCAGAUCGAGCAGCUGAGUCGCAUGAAGAAACACGCCAAUCUGACUCAUGUAGAGAUAACGUCGCUGCCUGACAGCACUCGGAUGUAUGAAGGAGUAGGACGCAUGUUUAUCUUGCAGUCAAAAAAUGAGAUUAAUAAUCAGCUGUUGGAAAAGCAGAAGACAGCAGAUGACAAGAUCAAGGAGCUCGAGCAAAAGAAGACAUAUCUGGAGCGCAGUGUGAAGGACGCAGAGGACAACAUCAGAGAAAUGUUAAUGUCCAGGCGGGCCCAAUAAACCUCAAACACGCAUACACACAGAGCUCUCUAUUUUCACCUUUACACACCAUGCUACUGGUUUAUAUGUUUUGCAUAUAUCUGGAGAUACACAAGUACCUCCAGGAACAGAACACAGAUCAUUGUUCUUCAGAAUGAAGCCAGUGUGACUGGACGAGAAUGGGUGUGAUGUUUAGGUCAGUUGUAUUAGCCAUUGCUGUCUGUAUGAUCUGACUGUUCUGGAACACUUUAUGUCAUGAACUCUGUUUCCUUUUACACCGUGUUGUAAAUGUGCUUUAUUUAUCCUGGCAUUAGUGUGUAUUAAAGGUAAAUGUUGAAAUGA